AUGGGAAAUUUAUGUUGUAGUAAUAAUGAUAUAAAAAACAGUAAAUCAAAUAUAGAUAUAUUUCAGGACAAUGAGAUAUAUGGAGAUAAUGAAAAUUGGACAUUAGAAAAUUGGAUAAAUAAAUACAAGAGUGGAAAUAGUAUAAAGGUUGCAUUUCCUGAUGGUAAUGAAAUUCAAUGUAAUUUUAAGAUUUUUUUCAAAGAAAAAUAUUUUGAAUUAUCUUUAGAUAACAAAGUACGAGUAAUAAAAUUUAAUGAUAUAAAUUGUAUACUUCAUAGAAAUAGUUGUGAAACAUUAUUAGAAUCUGAACAAAAUUUAUUAAAAUCUCCUAAAGUUAUAGGUAUUCGUUUAAUAAGUACACUUAAGGCUAUAGCAUUUUCUAUGGACAGUCCAGGAGAAGCAAGAAUCUUUAACGAUUUCUUACAAAAAUAUUGUUUGAAUGCAUAA